GCCCUGUUGUACUGAAGGACAGCAUGCACGGCAGAUCAAUCUCGCUGGCCGAUGAUAGGGGUCUUGCGUGACCCUAAUGAAAAUGCCGGUGCGAGCGCAUCGAGGGCACCUCAGGUACCUAUCAUCAUAUGACAUCAAAAGCCCACAGUCGUCUUUAAUUAAGUGUUUUGAACUAACGUUCUGUUACACUCGGUAGGGUCGAUAGGGUCGAUAGGGUCGAUAGGCUGUGCGAACAAACAUUCUGUUACACUCGAUAGGGUCGAUUGGUUCUGCGAGCAAGAGGUCGAUUGCCAGCUCUGGGAUCGCGCUCAGGACGUCGACAAGUUUGCUGUUUUCACGCGCGGCGUUUAGGAUGUCGGUGUUGCUGCUGCGUGGACUUCCUUUUGCGCCAACAACAAUACGGCGGAGCUCCGUGUGCCAUGGCACUUUUGCGGUUGCGUAGUCGUAUACAAAGGAUGCGAUUUCGGCCCAGUCAUCGAGAGGGAUCCAAUUCUCCAGCGCGGUCUCGAGCUUCUUCGUGGCCAGGUCCUGGAGAGACCUGCAGGCGUACUUUUCCGCGAUGGCGAAAACUUGCGCGUGAAGAAGGUAUUCGGGGGUGGUUUUGCUGGUGCCGUCGUCCUUCGCGGUGCUGUAGUCUGCGUCGUAGAAGUAUUCUAUCAUGCAUUCUACAGCAGCGGUGAGUUGUGGUUCAUCGAAAGAAAGAGAAGAGGGCUUUUGUUCCGGUGGAUCGACUUACUUGAAACUUCCCCGUAACGGCGUUGCGAAACCAAUCCGACUGACUGCACACAAUGAUCUUGUGCACCGCCUUGACCCGCUCCGUCUCCCCAUCGGAGCACUUGAGCUUCAGGUCGGAAAGCUCUCCAUCUUUCAGGUAUUUCGAGAUGUUGUGGACGUAGUCCACCGUGCCCGCCAUGCUUGGAAGAGGAGGUGUGGAGUCAGUUGUAUCCGAUUGUAUCUGUUCCCCAAGGUUGAGCUUGAUGACAAAAUGAGCAGCCAUGGGUCCGAGGUCGAGGUCGAUGUCGAUGUCGAUGAAGAGAUCAGAGAGGGGGAGGGGGGCUCUUUUAUAUGCAUGCAUUGCGUGCGUUGGGUGAAUGAGUGCGAACUCUAACUACUGACUAGUUAGAGCCAGCCCAUCCCGUUUACAUGUUUACCAACGAACCAGCCGUAUCCACUUCACUUGGGGAAACCCGCAAACGUCAAACAGUCGCUAGAGGUUGCGCCCCUACCGCCGCCGAUGAGAAUAACGCGCCCGAACACAAUAGUUCAAACCAUUGGAGGUUUGCGAAUUCGCGAUCAAUUACAGUGUCCUCGUUCCCCAAGUUGCCAUAUACGAGGUCGCCGACCCUAUAAAGUUGGUUGUCGCGGCGUUUAUCGUUGGCGAAGUGUGCUGGAGAUUCCUGUGACCAGCGGAGUUGGCUUCGCAAAAACGUGACCGGGUCCUGGAGUUGUCGCAGGAGCUCAUCCGCGUUUAAAACCUUGAGACGUUGCUG